CCUUCAGCAGGAAGUUUGGUGAGGGUGUACUGCGCAUGUGCGAAACCUCGGUGGAAUCCAAGAAUGUGUGCGACGCUGUAAAACGAACGCCCUACGAGGAGUCGAUGGCAGACACGGAGGUGACGAUGUCCAUGGGGGACGUGGUGGUGGUUAACACGACCGGCGAGGACGGUGACCCCAAUGAUGUCUCCAAGACACAGGUCAUCCUGCAGCUCCAGCCAAUCACACAGGGGAUUGGCGAGGACGAGACCAACGCUGCCAUCGAGGCUGCGGAAACGCACCAUGAAAUGAUCGCUGACGGGGAGGAGGUGGAGUUCGGCUACCCCAUCACAUGCGGCGAGAGCAAAGCAGUGCUGCUCUUCAAGAAGUUUGUCUGCCCCGGAAUCAAUGUGAAAUGUGUAAAGUACGACGACCAGCUGAUCAGCCCCAAGCAAUUUGUGCACCUGGCAGGGAAGGCCACCCUGAAGGACUGGAAGAGGGCCAUCCGGCUGGGCGGGGUCAUGCUCAGAAAAAUGAUGGACUCGCGCCAGAUCGACUUCUACCAGCAUGACAAAGUCUGCACCAACACCUGCCGCAGCACCAAGUUCGACCUGCUGAUCAGCAACACGCGGCUCCCUCUACAGGGCAGUGAGCCAGCAACGCCCGCCACCCCACAAGUUGGGAAUGGAGGUCAGGCCAUCAUCGUGGAGGAGAGACCAGAGGAAGCCAUUGCCACGGUGGAGUUCAGCCCCAGGACCAUCUCAGUCACAACAGAACCAGAGGGCAAACAGGAGAAUGAUGAAAUCUCUGAGGAGACGCUGAACUUCUGGAAGGGCAUUGCCGACGUGGGGCUGAUGGGGGAGGUGGUGGCCAACAUCCGGACGGAGCUGCUGGAGGUGCUGACGGGAGUGCAGCAGCGCUGCGCCGCCCUGCUGGAGCCUGACAUAGCGGUCCUCAGCAGCCUGGGGCAGGUGUUCGGCCUUCUGGACUCUGUGAAACGGGUCCUGGACAGCCACCGCUGCCAAACGGACCCCAGCCAGGAGCAGGUCCUCAGCACGCUGACCGGGCUGGACCAGCAGUUGGAGGAGCAGAAGAAGCAGGCGCGCGAUUGGCGGGCUCGCUCUCGGGUGCUGCACAACAUGUCGUUCCCGGCCGUGCCCCCCUCCAAGCCCCCCCCCAAACGGCCGCGGCUGCAGCGGCCCGCCUCGGCCAGCGUCCUGAGCGUCUCCGCCUCGGGGCAGCAGAACCAGCUGGCCCAGCAGUUCACCGUCCUCUCCCCCAUCACCCUCUCCCCCGUGGGCCAGCCCUUCACCAUGACCGGCCUGCCCGUGGGCUCUCUGACCUCGCAGCCCAACACGGUCACCCUCCACACACUCCCCGCCGGCUCCCAGCUCUUCACCCGCUACGCCUCCACCCCCGCCGGCAAGGCCGACACCAUCGCCCUGCACCCGGCCUCCAGCCUGACUCUGCUCAGCGCGGCCGCGGUGCAGGACUCCGGACAGCUGGGGGCGAUAAUGAGCCCGGUGGAACUGGUGCACCUGGCCCAGGAGGAGGCGGGGGGGCAGGAGGUGGGGGAGGCGGGGGCCCAGCCAGACGACGGGGAGGUGGUGGAAGGAGCGCUCCUGGUGCAGGAGGUGAAGGAGGAGGAGGAGGAGGUAGAAGAGACGGAGGCGGAGGACGAAGGCCAGAUACACACUACGGUCAUUGAGAUCGACCCGGCCCCGGGGGACCACUCGGGCCGGGUGGUGGGGCUGCAGAUAGGGGAGGGCGGAGGGGUGGUGGAGGUGGUGGGCGAGGGGGAGGACGGCAGCGUGGUGGUCCAGGGGGAGAUGGAGGUGGUGGGGGAGGGCGAGGGCACGAGUCUGGCGGUGCACGGGGAGGUGGAGGAGGUGCAGAUGGAUCCGCAGGGGCAGCUGCACGACGUGCAGAUCGUGGUCAUCGAGGAGGAGGCGCAGGAGGAGGCCAAGUGAAGCCCCGCUCGCCCGGGGGGCGUCAUGCUACUCAAAGAAAUGCAUCCUCCUUUUCUCCGCUCGUCUCCUUCUCCGGGCUGGAAGUACUAGGGGAGCCCAGUGAGUAAAAGACUGAAUCUAGACUGAUCUAGACGUCUAGAGGAGUGGAAAUCUGGAACCGAGAGACGUUUUCACACAGUCAGACUAAUUCAGCCCCAAUUUCUCAUUAGAUUCCCCUGGAUACAGCCUGGUUACAUCCUAGUCCACUAGAAACCUUUACUUUUCAACCAAAUAUAGCCGGGCUUUCUCCUGGCUGGAUAUGUAGGUGUAGAGUCGUCUAGACUUAUCUAGACGUUCAGAUCUUUUGCUCUCUGGGAGGAGACGAGUGGAGGAAAGGAUAGGAGGAUGCGUUUGUAGAGUUUUGGGACGCAGCCUGAAAUGGUGGAACUAUGACACUCUGUCACACGGACUCGAUCUGACCAAUAAGAGCUACGAUAUGAGUCAGGUGCUGCGCUUUUCAUUUCUUCAGUUCUGAGAGCUGCAGGAACUGCACCAGGUCGGCCGCGGACUUUUUUUUGCGAAUAUCUCCUUUUGCGCUACCCUUUUGUAAGUGAGACUGGAGCAUAAUUAUUAUUAUAAUUAUAUUUUUUUGUACUCUGAAGGACACGGUAUGUUGGUGGUGCCACAGAAUGGGUCCCACCCUUUGCGUAGAGCCAAGUUGUUUGCGUUCAGCCACGCCUCGUUUCGGAAAGAGGGCUACCAUAUUCCAUUCACCUGUAAUACGCAUCUUCAGGUGUCAUUAUUUAUUUUGAAAAAGCUGUUGUUCAUUUCAUUUUGACCUUCAUUUUUUUCCCCCAAACUGGAUAAAUACUCCUGACCUCUGAAGAUCUAAAUGGGGGAAGUCAUGAUUUUUUUCUGUAAAAAGCCCUUGUUAUUUUGUAAAUAGACUCGGGGUUUAUUUUAUUUACCGUUAGAAAUUAACCUUUUUUUUUUUUUUUUUUUUUUUUCACUUUAUAUACUAACAGUGUUACUCAUGGUACUGUGUUCUGAGGCUGUAGUAAGACAUUGAUUGUGAGAGAAUUGCACUUGGUUAUAUAUUUCUAGCAGAUUUUACAGGAGUCUGAAUAGGAGACAGGCUCUAUGUUAUUUGCCUUUAACGUUUCUACUGAAGACUGACAAUGAAAAUGUGACCCAAAGCUUAAAGGUACGGCAGUGCAUUACUGCCAUAGUGAAGGACUAUUUUCCACCCAGUAUCCUGCUAUAAUGAGGGGUUUUUCUCAUUAUAAUGAGAAACUCAGGAAAUAAAAAAAUAAGAAAUAACAAGGUGAUAUAGGCUACUGUUGUGAAGGGAGGGCAACAGGUUGAUUACACAUGAAAAGGUGCAGUUUAUUGACAUAACUGGGUCAUAUUGUACCGCCCUAGCAUGCUCCCAGGAUUCCAGAGGCCUAUUGUCACAUUGAAAUGAUAAUUAUGAUAGUUCUUGGUAUUAAUGCACACAGCAUAUCGAAAAUGAUUCACAUAAUUUGUGCAAGGACUGCCUAUAAAUCACAGGGUCUGGCUACUUCUAAAUAGCCCCAUACGGCUCAGAAUAUUACUGCAUAAUUAUUACAGUAAUAAUAUAGUGCUCUAGUAUAGCAGAAUCUCACUGUUUCUGUCCAAGACUUGAUUUUCAGCGAACAAAUUUUGUGUAUAAUUUUCGUUCUUUUCUCAUUACAUGCCGGUAUGUCGUUGUAGCGAGAAAAGGAUGUCGUUUUAUCAAGAAAAGUUUUGUUAUAAUGAUUAUAAAAUACUGAGCGGGAAAUAUUUUUUCACUGUGGGGGGCAAUGCUCUGUCGUACGAAGGAGUUGAUCUGUAAUUUGGUAUGUUGUAGAUUGUGUGUGAAACAUUUUCACAACUGAGAAUAAAUGCUUCCCUCAUUUAACUCUGGGCUAACUGUGUUCUGUGGUGGAAGAUUUGAACCGUCUCUUCCCAGGUAUCUUGGCAGUUUCACACACGUUUCAUACAGCCUAUCAAAGUACAGCUUCCUGCUGGAGUUCGCCUGAUACUUUUCUGUCUCUUCCACUUUAUUACUGUGGACCAAAAACGAUCACAAGAGCGCCGUCCUCCCCUUCGGUCUAGAAGGUUCCGUGCCUUCCCGGCUGGCGCUCGAGGCGAACGCACACUGUUAUCUUUCUACGAAUUCAGCAGUCAUAAAAGCUGCAGCUCUGGUGGCACAGUGGGCAGAUGCACCUGUAUUUUUUUGAUGAAAAAAAUAAAAUGAAAUCGAUUUUGUGUCACUA